AUGGCGGACUCCAGUGAGGGAGCAGGCAGCUCUGUGAGGAGAAGACGCGUGGACAAUAAGAGACAGACAGAGACAGAGACAGUGGACAGCAGCAGUGGAAAACAUGGAGGAGGCGCGGACACUGAGCAGAGGCUGGAGUCGCUGCACACCGGAAGUUACUGGCUCACCCGCAUCGUGCUGCUGCGCUCCGUCGCCUUUAUUUACUUGGUGGCGUUCACCGUCGCUUACAACCAGAACAAGCAGCUGAUCGGUGAAAACGGUCUGAUGCCCUGCAAGAGCUACCUGAACAGCGUGAAGCGCUACGUGGGCGGGAAGAUAGGCGUGGCCGCUCUGGCGUACACGCCCUCUGUCCUCUGGUUCCUGUCCUGGGACGACAUGGACGGCAACCUGGACGGCAUCGCCCUGGUGGGAAUGGCUCUGUCCGGGUUGGUGCUGGUGACGGGGAUGGCCAACAUGGUUGUCAUGGCGACACUGUGGGUGCUUUACCGCUCGCUGGUCAGCGUGGGGCAGCUGUGGUACUCCUUUGGUUGGGAGACUCAGCUGCUGGAGACGGGCUUCCUGGCCAUUUUCUUGUGUCCGCUUUGGACUCUGUCCCAGGUCCCGCGCCGCUGUCCCCCGUCCCUCGUCUGCAUCUGGACAUUCCGGUGGCUCAUUGUCCGCAUCAUGUUAGGAGCUGGUCUUAUUAAAAUCCGAGGGGACAAAUGCUGGAGGGACCUGACCUGCAUGGACUAUCACUAUGAGACUCAGCCAGUUCCCAACCCCAUGUCCUACUACAUGCACCGCUCGCCGCGGUGGUUCCACGUCUUCGAGACGUCGUCCAACCACUUCAUCGAGCUCGUCGUCCCGUUCUUCACCUUCCUCGGCAGACGGAUGUGCGUCAUCAGCGGAGCCAUCCAGAUCCUGUUCCAGGUCGUUCUCAUCGUGAGCGGGAACCUCAGUUUCCUCAACUGGCUCACCAUCGUUCCCAGUCUGGCGUGUUUUGACGACGCGUCGCUCGGCUUCUUGUUCCGCGCCGGCGGUGGAGCCAAGAAGGCGGUGCUUGACAUCCAGAACGAGGACGCUGCCGGACGGACCCCGAAACCCAGCAAAGGUAUGCUGAUUCGUCGGGUGGUGAACGUCUCUCUGGGCGUUGCGAUCGGCUUCCUGAGCGUUCCAGUGGUGAUGAACCUGUUGAGCUCCAAGCAGGUGAUGAACACCUCCUUCGACCCCCUGGGCAUCGUCAACACCUACGGGGCCUUUGGCAGCAUCACCAAGGAGCGCACCGAGGUGAUCUUCCAGGGAACUUUGAGUCCAGAUCCAAAGGAUCCUGAUGCGGUUUGGGAGGAAUACCAGUUCCUGUGUAAGCCGGGAGAUGUUUACCGAAGACCGUGCCUCAUAUCGCCGUAUCAUUACCGGCUGGACUGGCUCAUGUGGUUCGCUGCCUUUCAGACCUAUGAGCAGAGUGAGUGGGUGAUACACAUCGCAGGACGCCUGCUCUCCAACGACAGCAACGUCCUCUCCCUGCUCGACCACAACCCCUUCCAGGGCAGAGACCCACCGAGGUGGGUACGAGGAGAACAUUUCAGAUACAAGUUCAGCGUGCCGGGCAGCGCCAGCGCAGUGCAGGGGAAGUGGUGGCUGAGGAAACGCAUCGGACCUUACUUCCCCGCAGUCGACCUGGAAGCACUGAGAGGAUACUUCCAGUCCAGGAACUGGCCCCACCCACAUUUACCACGGAACAGGAUGUAAAGACAAAACAAAUGAUGUGGACAACGGCACCCGGAGAGAAUCGCCUCAGGGAGGUCAGUUUCAGAGAGAGGAGGAUUCAUGUUACAACGAAGAUGACGUCAGGUUUUUCUGUUGUCGUGAAGAAUCUUCAGUUGUCAAAAACAAGGUCUCUUAACUGUGAUUAAAUCGUUUCUUUUGUUUUUUUUCAGCCUGUAAAAGUGUAAACAUGUUAUUGACACAUGUUGUUCUGGAUAAAAUGUGGACUUUUUUUGGAAGUUUGACUCUCGUACAUAUCAGAACGACCUCAGGCUGUGAAGUGAUUCACAUAAAAAGGGGGAAAAUAAACUUAACUUAGGACUAAUUAACUGUCCAAUGUGGACACUUUGUCUGAUUUACUAAAGGAACAAUUAGAGAAAAGGUGAAACCACUGAAGAUUGAUCCUGUUUUAAAGGUGCAGAAUGUAGAAGAGAGGGUUAAGGGUUUAGAUUACACUGUUUUUAAUCCUUAAAUUGAAGCUAACACACGGCACACAUCAUCGAAACAAUAACCUUCAACAAAAAUACAAUAUACACCUGAAAAACAACACAAAAACAGACAAACGGGCUCAACCACGCUUCAUUUAUUUAAAGUUACAGCUAAAAAAAACAAGCAAAUGAACUUGAUACCAGAUUUAAAAGUCUGUUUUAUGUCGUCAAAUCUAUUUAAUUUGUUCUUCUCAGUUGCUGCUGUUCUUCUUAUCUCUAAUUAAUAAUGGAUUUAUUUUUCCCCCAGUGUGACAGUGUUGGUAUAUGCACAGAUUUCUAGUUUUUUAAAUAUUAAAUUAUUGAGUACAAGUGAUGGAGAAAGAAAAGAUUCUACAGCUCCUUGGAUAUUUCAAUGUGCCCUAUAAAAUAUCUUGAAAAGCCUGAAGCGUUGAAGCGUUUCCUGGUUUCCAUAUUAUUUACUUUGAUUUCAUAGCUUAUAUUUUCAUUAAUUUCCCCUGAAAAUGG